CGGAAGCUCCGUGCUCAGAGCAUGCGCGGGAAGUGGAAUGGCGAUGAAGGGAUGCUCCCUUUUCUGACAACCACGCUUUGAUGCUGCCAGAGCUUUUCCAGCAAUUUCUGUUUGUGUUUAUUUUGAUUCCGAUGUAUUUGAUACCUCUUAAGCUGCAGGGUAUUGAAAACCAGCACUAUUGUUUCAGGGAAGGGGUUUAGAAGGAGAGGAUUUUGAACAUGGAAGGAAAAAGCACCGCUCACAGCAGGGAGAAACUGUACACGUGUUCUGUGUGUGGAUGUGGUUUCGGCCAAUCAUCUGCCUUGUUGAGACACAGACACAGUCACACAGUGGAGAAACCGUGGAAAUGUGGUGACUGUGGGAAAGGAUACAGAUCGCCGUCUGAUUUGGAAAUUCACCAACGCAGUCAUUCUGGGGAGAGGCCGUUCACUUGCUGCGAGUGUGGAAAGGGAUUCUCUCGGUCUUCCAACCUGCUGACCCACCAGCGAGUUCAUGUUAAUGAGAGGCCUUUUAAAUGCUGUGACUGCGGGAAGUCUUACAAAAGUUCUGGGGAACUGAUGUGCCACGAACGCGUCCACACUGAGGAGAGACCUUUCAAAUGCCCAGAUUGCAGAAAAGCCUUCAAAAGUUCCGGGGAACUGAUGUCCCAUCAACGUGUUCACACCGACGAGAAACCGUUCAGGUGCUCUCAGUGCGGGACUGGCUUCAGGCAAGCAUCUCAAUUGACUGUACACCAGAGAGUUCACACUGGAGAGAGGCCAUUCACCUGCUCGCAGUGUGGGAAGGGAUUCACUCAGUCGACUGACCUGCUGACUCACCAGCGGAUUCACACCGGGGAGAAGCCAUUCACCUGCCCGCAGUGCGGGAAGGGAUUCACUCAGUCGUCCAACCUACUGACACAUCGGCGGGUUCACACUGGGGAGAGGCCGUUCACCUGCUCCAGGUGCGGGAGGGGAUUCACAACCUCUUCCACCCUGCUGAGACACCAGCGGAUUCACAGUGGGGACAGGCCAUUCUCCUGCUCGUUGUGCGAGAAGAAAUUCACUCAGUCUUCCAGCCUGGUAAGACACCAGCGGAUUCACAAGUGUCAGCGGCGUUUGGCCGGUAAGCUGACAGGCUGGGUUGGGCGGCAAGCUUACGUGAACACUCGGCAUGGGUCUCAAGCACAGACACGGAAUUUCCGGUUCCUCCGUUUUCUCCAAACGGUGAUGGGGAGGCAGCUGCCGUCCUCCUUCAGGCCCAAGCCCCGCGCCCCCUUCCUAUUGGUCUGGAGUAGCCAUCAAUCACCGGGUCCCAGCUUCCUAUUGGCCCAGUGCUGCCGUCAAUCACAGGGUCCCCAUGGUGAGCUGGAGCAUGCGCAGGGUCAGUAUGAAGUCGGUGUUGGGCCGUCACGUUUGACGUUGCCGGCGGCUGAAGCCUUGCCGUUUGACCCGUGCAACCUGGAGAGACAGAGGGACACCCGUGCCACAUGGAAACCGUGGAAGUGCGGGGACUGUGGGAAAGAAUUCCGAAGCCCCUCUGAGCUGGAAGUUCACCACCGCAGUCACAACGGGGAGAGGCCAUUCAUCUGUUCCCAGUGCGGAAAGGGAUUUGCUCAGUCAUUCAACCUGCUGACACACCAGCGAGUUCACACUGGAGCGAGGCCGUUCACCUGCUCCGAGUGUGGGAAAGGAUUCACUGAUUCAUCCAAUCUUCUAAGACACCAGCGAGUUCACACUGGAGCGAGGCCGUUCGCCUGCUCCGAGUGUGGGAAAGGAUUCACUGAUUCAUCCAACCUUCUAAGACACCAGCGGGUUCACACUGGAGCAAGGCCAUUCACCUGCUCUGAGUGUGGGAAGGAAUUCACUCAGUCAUCCCAUCUGCUGAAACACCAGCGGGUUCACACCAAGGAGAAACCUUUAACAUGCCCAGACUGUGGGAAAUGUCAUAAAAGUUCCAGGGAACUGACGUGCCAUCAAUGUUCUUGCAAUGAGGAUGAAUCAUUCAGGUGCUCCCACUGUGGAGCUGAGUUCAGGCAAUCAUCUGAACUAACUGUACACCAGCAAAUUCACACUGGGGAGAAGCUAUUCACCUGCUCAGAGUGUGGGAAGGCAUUCACUGAUUCAUCCAGCCUUCUGAAACACCAACAAGCUCACGCUGGCGAGAGGCCAUUCAUUUGUUCUGGGUGUGGGAAGGGAUUCGGUCAGUUUUCAACCCUGCUGAGACAUCAGCAGAUUCAUGAGCAACGACAGGAGUUGGAUUCUACCUACUCAAACAUGGCGUUGAACAGCGCUGUUCACAGUGAGGAGAAACGGUACCUGUGCUCUGUAUGCGGGCAGGCCUACAGCCGAUGGUCUGGACUGUGGAAACACGAGCACAGUCACACCCUGGGGAAGCCAUGGAAGUGCGACGACUGCGGGAAAGCGUUCGGUUACCCAUCGGACCUGGAAGCUCACCGGCGCUGCCACACCGGGGAGAAGCCGUUCUCCUGCUCCACGUGCGGGAAGGCUUUCGCUGGGUCGUCCACCCUGGUGAUCCACCAGCGGCUUCACACCGGGGAGAGGCCGUUCACCUGCUCCGACUGCGGGAAGAGGUUCACUCGGUCGUACAACCUGCAGGAACACCGGCGCGUUCACACGGGGGAGAGGCCGUUCACCUGCUCCGACUGUGGCAAGACAUUCACUUGUUCGUCCAACCUGAAGAACCACCGACGAGCUCACACCGGGGAGAGGCCGUACUCCUGUUCCGAGUGCGGGAAGGCGUUCACUCGGUCGGUCAACCUGCAAAAACACCAGCGGACCCACACAAACAAAUAAAUCUUUUCAACGUCCCGGUGCAGAAAAUGCCGCAAAGCAACAUUGCAUCGAGUCUUUUCACCAUCAGAUGGGUUUCAGGCAGUCGGCUCAAGUCGCUGUACGUUAGCGAAUUCACACGGGGGAGAGACUGGUCAGUAUGUGGGGAGGAAGUUACCAGUUUGUCCAACCUGCUUGAGACACUCAUGCAUAAACUAGUAGAAUAGGAUUCUGCUGUUUUUGAAACAAAAACACGGUUUAGUCCUAUUUGUCAUCUUGUAGUCUGUUUCUGCUGAUGGCAGUUUAGCGUUAGGGGCUAAUAUUCUUGACUAAAUCUCAAAUAAA